CGCUCCGGCUGGCACCCAUGCAGCCAAAGUCAAGUUUCCCUGAUUUUCCAGGGAGUGCUCCCUCUUUGUAGCGAUGGAGGUACUGCAGUGUGAUGGCUGUGACUUCCGUGCCGAGUCAUAUGAUGACUUGAAGACCCAUAUUCAGGAAGUGCACACUGUUUUCCUGCAGCCUGCAGAUGCAGAUGAGUCUGACUCUCUGAAAGACGAGGACGAAGACGAGGAGGAAGAAGAGGAACAUGAGGACUAUGAGGAUAAGGAUGACAAGGAUUAUACGCCUCCUAAAGCUGGAAUGAGCCCCAACUCUGCUGACAGUUCCAACCAAACGUCACAAAAGCAGACCGCUGAAACCCAUCUGCCGUUUUACCAGUGCAAGUUCUGUGUCCGUUACUUCAGAUCAAAGUCAUUCUUAAGAAACCACACCAAAAAAGUGCACAAUGUUGCAGAGGAAGAUCCAGAUGCAAGUAUCUCCUCACCGACAGCUAAGCAGCCCAGCUACACCGUUGUAAUGCACAACGAACAUUCAAAAGUGUACUCUUGUCAGUAUUGCACGUACAAGUCUCCACGCAGAGCGAGGAUAAUGAAACACCAACUAAUGUAUCAUAGCAAAGUUCCCUCAGAGAGCACUGGAGAUCCUUCAGAAUACGCUGAGACUGCAGAGGAGUCUGACUCAGCCGGUGGACUCAUGAAGGGAAUGUUUGCCUGUGAAUGGUGUGACUAUCAGACUGACCAGAAGGACAGCUGGACUAGUCACGUGGUGAAGGAGCACAGCGACAAGGUCAAGAUAGUUUCCUGCAUUGCGGAGCUGGAGGGGGAGUCAGUCCCAGAGAUCUCAUCCUUUCAGUAUGCACAGAUUAGUGCAGUAACACCCAACAGCACAGGUUCCUCUAUUUUGUCCAAGAGGUUUGCUUCAUCUGAUGCCCCCAACAGUGUCAUAGAGAUGGAUGCCAACUUACUCAACGAGGAAGACUCUAGGAGCAGCUUAGAGGAUGAUGACGAUGAAGAGCUGGGUGAUAUAGAUGAUCCCAGCUACACUGGAACCCUGUCAGCAGACGCAAAGCAGCUUUUAACUGAUGAGGAUAACAAAUUGCUGGAGACUAAAGGAAUACCUUUCAGAAAGUACAUGAACCGCUUUCAGUGCCCCUUCUGCUCCUUCCUCACCAUGCACAGGCGGAGCAUUUCCCGCCACAUUGAAAACAUUCACCUUUCUGGCAAAACCACAGUGUAUAAAUGUGAUGAAUGCCCAUUUAUUUGCACCAGUCCUCUUAAACUAGGCGCGCACAAACAGAGCCACAGUUCCUCAGAUUUAGAGACCAUGGACCUAACGAGUGAUAGUCCAGAACCUCAGAGUGAAAACGCUGAAGAGCCAGUGAAUGGGGGUAACGUAAGCUCCAAAGUCAAUGGAAAAAAGACAACCAGCACAUCGAACGACCAGCAGAACCCUCAUCGCUGCACGCUCUGCAGCUUUUCCACCACCACUCUGAAAGGCCUGAGGGUUCACCAGCAGCAUAAGCAUUCCUACUGUGAUGACCUAGAUCCCUCUGUCUUUGAAAGCCAGCUGACUGACCAGCCAGACUCUGAGGUGGACGCUUCUCCAAUCUUUCUACAAAAAACCCAGACCUCCAUUUUAGGGCUUGCCACCAAAAAGCCCCUAGUAACAGGGAAAAGAGCCAGGAAGUCCAUUAAUGACUUGCCUUUGGACUUGUCCUCGGUCAAGAAGCGAACUAGAAUUGAUGAAAUUGCGAGUAACCUUCAAAGUAAGAUAAGCCAAAGCCAACAGGACAUGAUCAUAAAUCUGGAUGACAUGGAUGAAGAAGAUGCAGGAGAAAAUCACACCGGUGCUGAUAAAGAGGGGAGAGACCAUGACAGCCAAAACCCAGUUUUUACCUACAACACACAACAGCUUCAUGGGAGAGAAUCAAUGAUCUCUCACGAGGGAGGCAGAAUAGGGAAAAGAAAAAGCAACCCCAAAUCAAAACCUAGAAACAUUCCUAUAUCACUGACUCUCUCAGAUGAUAGUGAAAACAUCUCUGCUGAUCCCACUGACGGCACUGUCCAGGAGAACGCUGAAUAUUCAGAGGAAACCGGAACUACACGUUUCUACUGUAAACACUGUGAUUACCACAACAAGUCGGCUCGUAGCGUCAGCACCCAUUACCAGAGGAUGCACCCGUAUAUCAAGUUCAGCUUUAAGUACAUCCUGGACCCCGAAGACCAGAGCGCAGUCUUCCGCUGCUUAGAGUGCUACAUUGAAUACACAAAUUACAAUGAUCUACACCAACACUACAUGGAUCACCACCCUGAAGCAAGCAACGUGCUCAACUUCAACCAACCGCAUCUGUUAUACUUGUGCCGCUUUUGUUCGUAUACGAGCCCCAAUGUCAGGAGCCUAAUGCCCCAUUACCAAAGAAUGCACCCCACAGUGAAGAUCAACAACGCCAUGAUCUUCUCCAGCUAUAUCGUGGAGCAGCCCCACAAAGCAGGUGAAUCGCAAACUCUGAGGGAAAUAUUAAACUCCGGCCCCAAGACGUUUAACUCGGCCACGUCGACGCCCAGGUCCUCCUCCAGCCCGGUGCUGAAAACCGUUUCCAAGACCCCUGAAGCUAGUGCUGAGGCAGACUCUCUUAAAGAGGCCAUGGGUGGUAACGUUGUUGUCUACGAUUGUGACGUGUGUUCCUUUGCUAGUCCCAACAUGCACUCUGUUUUGGUGCACUACCAGAAGAAACACCCAGAGCAAAAGGCGUCUUAUUUCCGUAUACAGAAAACCAUGAAGGUCAUGUCAGUGGAUCAGUCGCAGCCUGUAGCCAACUCUUCCUUUAACCUCAGCAUGUCUACGCCGCCGAAACAAUCAAGCGCAGCACUGUAUGGAUCAGAUGAAGAAAUGUACUACUGUAAACACUGCGUUUACAGCAACAGAUCCGUUGUUGGUGUGUUGGUCCAUUAUCAGAAAAGACACCCAGAAGUAAAAGUAACUGCAAAAUAUAUCAAACAUGGCGCUCCCACCCCUGGUUUGAUGAAACUAAUGGAUGAAUUGCAAAUUGCGGCUCCCAAACAGUUUUUGAAGCAGUUUCAAAAUAACGGUCACGAUGGAUCGAACAACUCGAGCCCUAAACCAGGAAGUGGUGAUAAAGGUGAGGAUGAGCUGUUCUUCUGUCAGCACUGUGAUUAUGGCAACCGCACUGUAAAAGGAGUGCUCAUUCAUUACCAGAAGAAGCACAGGGAAACCAAGGCCAACGCUGACCUCGUACGUCGUCACACUGCAGUUGUCCGGAGUCAGCGUGAGCGUGCACAGAUGGUUCAGUCGGGUAGCGUCUCUUCUGCCAUGAUCCCAGCCCCUCCUGACCCUGAAACCGCUGCGCCCCUGCGUAACCUCAAGUGCAGACACUGUUCCUACACAUCCCCCUAUGUCUAUGCCCUGAAGAAGCAUCUGAAGAAAGAGCACCCCACUGUGAAAGCCACGGCCAUGACCAUUUUACACUGGGCUUACCAAGAUGGCAUACUGGAGGCUGGCUACCACUGUGAAUGGUGCAUCUACUCCCAUGCUGAACCCCAGGGUCUGCUGCUCCAUUACCAAAGACGCCACCCUGAGCACAACGUCGAUUACACAUACAUGGCCAGCAAGCUGUGGGCUGGGCCGGAAACCACCCAACAACAAGGAGGCAAUAUGGAAACCAAACAUUACAAAUGCAGAGACUGCGCCUUUGAGGCCUGUACAAUAUGGGACAUCACCAGUCACUAUCAGGCGGUCCACCCCUGGGCCAUCAAAGGGGAUGAAUCUGUGCUGUUGGAUAUCAUCAAAGGGAAUGGCUCAGCUGAAAAGAUCCACCAGCAGGUCGCCAAAGAACACGUGUCUUUCAAUUGCCAGUCUAUUGAAGAUGAUGGAGCGCUGGUCAUCGCCACCCCACCUCAAGAAAGCAAUCCUCAUCCUUCCCACCCACGUCUUUCCAUCUCUAACAAUCCCUAUCAGUGCACUGUAUGUCUGUCAGAGUACAACAGUCUCCAUGGCCUCCUCACUCACUAUGGAAAGAAGCACCCAGGCAUGAAAGUAAAAGCUGCAGAUUUUGCACAGGAGGCAGACAUCAACCCCAGUUCUGUGUAUAAAUGUCGUCACUGUCCAUAUGUAAACUCUCGCAUCCAUGGUGUCCUCACCCACUAUCAGAAAAGGCACCCGUUAGUGAAAGUCACAGCAGAAGAUUUUGCAGAUGACAUAGAGCAAAUCACUGACUUAAAUGAAGGAGAUGACAAGUGCAAAACUCAAAGGCAGGGCUACGGCGCAUACAGAUGCAAAAUGUGCCCGUACACACAUGGGACACUGGAGAAACUCAAAAUCCAUUAUGAGAAGUAUCACAAUCAGUCUGCCUCUGAAAUGUUCUCUCCCUCUCUGACAAAUUUCUCUUCUGGUAAAGACACAGAGCCAGUAGCUGAAUGCAGUGCUAGUAAUCUAUCAAGUGCAGCAAAAGUCCAGGAGGUCAGUGAAUUGGACCUUGCCCUCUCCCAGUUACCCAUCAAUAAGACAGAAAAACAUGCUGUAUUCAAGUGUCAACUCUGCAAAUACUUCUGUUCCACCAGGAAAGGCAUCGCUCGCCACUACCGUAUCAAGCACAACAAUGUCCGUGCUCAGCCAGAGGGUAAAAACAAUGUCUUCAAAUGUGCUCUGUGUUCAUACACAAAUCCUAUACGCAAAGGCCUGGCAGCACACUACCAGAAGCGCCAUGAUAUUGAUGCCUAUUAUACCCAUUGUCUGGCUGCUUCCAAGACUUUAAGCGAGAAGCCCGCCAAAGUGAUAGCGCCCCCGCUGUCAGAGGGAGACAAUUCAGAAAUGAGUGAAGACCUACGUUUGGCUGUGGAGAGACGAAGGUGUUCUCUUUGCGCCUUCCAGGCCUUCAGCAGGAAGAGCAUUGUCUCACAUUACAUUAAACGCCACCCAGGUGUCUUCCCCAAGAAGCAGCAUGCUAGCAAGCUUGGUCGCUACUUUACCGUUAUCUAUGCCAAAGAACCCGAGAAGAUUGCUGUGGAAGAGGAAGAGAAGGAAGUGCUGGAGGUUUCACUUGAACCCGACCAGGACAGAGAGGUUGAGUGGCUGCCAUAUAAGUGUCUAAAAUGCUUCCGGUUGUCUUUCAGCACAGGCGAGCUGCUCUCUAUGCACUACAAUGACCACCACAGCAAUGACUUGAAGAGGGACUUUAUGGUGUCGCCCAGUCCUGGGGACGAGGACUCUGAGUUGUACCAGUGUUCUCACUGUGAGCUGAAGUUCCUGGCUCUCCCAGUUCUGGCCAGACAUCUACUGAAUCACAGUGAGGAGUUUCAGAAGAGGGCCAUGAGGCAGGAGAGGAGGAAGCAGCUUCUCAGCAAACAGAAAGCCACAGAGCUACCUGACAACAGACCUGACAAGGAAAGCCCUGUAAAUAAAACUCCCAUAGGAUUCAGGUGUAACUUCUGCAUAGAGGUGCACCCCACCCUCCGAGCCAUCUGCAACCACCUGAGGAAGCACGUCCAGUAUGGAGAGGUCAAAGAGGGACAUGUCAAGCAGGAAGUCAGCGAGGUCCCCCUGACCCUGCCUUCAGAGGGCCUAACCAAUGGCGACCUGGAGGGGGAUGAAGCAGCUGAAGCAGAGGGCCCGUCCUUGGUUUCCACAGCUUCUGGCGGUGUUGCUGUGGCCGCAGAGACGGUUGAUCCAGAAAUGGAUGCCGUUGAAGGAAGCGCAGCGGCCCUCGUGGCCGUGGUGUCAGAGGGCCAGUUGAAGCAGCGGUUAGCAGCAGGGGGUCACCCGUGUGCCCAGUGCGACCGAGUCUUCAUGUCCAUGCAGGGACUCAGGUCCCACGAGAGGAGCCACUCAGCCAUGGCGCUGUUCAGCAGAGAGGACAAAUACAGCUGCCAGUACUGCCAGUUCGUCUCACCCUUCAGGCACAACCUGGACAGACAUGUGCAGUCUCACCACGGGCACCACAAGCCCUUCAAGUGCAAGCUCUGCCCCUUUAAAUCUGCCUACGUGAGUCGCUUGAAGAGCCACCUGCAUAAGGCACACACAGGUGAGCAGCACACAUACAAGUGCUUGUCGUGCCCCUUCUCCUCCAUGACCAUCAGCCAGCUGAAGGAGCACUCUCUGAGAGACCACGGUGAGGCCCUGACCCUCCCCAAACUCCGGGCUGCUACCCAGGCUGCUCAUGCCACCCUCAGGCCCUCCCGGCUGGCCAGUAACACAGAACAGACUCCCUUGGCCUCAGAUGAUCCAUCGUACCUGGAGCCAGCCGAUGUUCGUCAGCAGCUUAGUCAUUACCAGCUGGCCUCCCGCAGUCAAAUGUCUUCCGGCUCGAUGCCCGGUGGCUCGACAGUGGCUGACCAUCGACCAGACGGCGUCCUCACUUGUGAGUUCUGUGAGUUCAGCUCUGGCUACAUGCAGAGCCUUCGCCGCCACUACAGGGACCGCCACGGUGGCAAGAAGCUCUUCAAGUGCAAAGACUGUUCCUUUUUCACAUGCUACAAGAAUACCUUCAGCAUGCAUGUGGAGGCCGGACACAACAACAAUGCACCUGAGGAUCUCCCUAAAGACCUGCGCUGCCCUCUCUGCCUCUACCACACCAAACACAAGAGCAAUAUGAUUGACCACAUUGUCCUGCACAGAGAGGAGCGAGUGGCUCCACUGGAGGUCAGCCGCUCCAAGCUGUCACGCCACCUUCAGGGCCUGGUAUUUCGUUGCCACAAAUGCACCUUCACAUGCUCGAGUGACCAGGCCCUGCAGCUGCACCUGCAGAAGCACGCUGAGAUCAAGCCUUACCAGUGCCAGCUCUGCUAUUAUGACAGCAGUCGACGGAGUCAGCUAGAGGAGCAUCUCCGCCUUGAGCACAAGGUUAUCCGCAACUUUGAGCUGAUGGGCCGAGUCAACCUGGACCAGCUGGAGAUGAUAAAGGAACACGGGAGCAGCGCAGAGGAGGAAGAGGAGAGAGAAAUGAUUGAGAUGGUAGAAGAGGAAGACGAGGAGGAGGAGGAGGAGGAAGAAGAAGAGGAGGAAGUUAAGGGGGUGGAGGAAGCAAAGCCAGCCCUACAAGAGGUCCUUGCAUCUCCUACCAGCAGUAGCAGCAGCAGCAGCAGCUCUGGGCCGAGCACUGUCGAGAAGCGUCUUCCCUGCGAGUUCUGUGGCCGAUGCUUCACCAACAGCCUCGAGUGGGAACGACAUGUCCUUCGACAUGGCAUGAUGGUUAACAACAGUCGGAUGGACACCAGCACCACUGCAGCAAUAGAGGCCUCAGCUUCAUCUUCCACUGGCUCCUCUGUCCUGAUGGACACAGGACUGGACAUGUCCAGCAUCAGAAAAGAGGAAGGGAACCCUGCUGAUCUAUCACUGAGAAGUCAAAGCCAGUAUAUGGAGGACAAAGAAAUGCUCGACACCAAAAAGGAUCAACAAUUUGGUUGAACAGAUUGUGGCCUCUUGGGAUAUUGUGCUAGAAAACAGUAACAAUGGGUAGUAUCAGCACUGAGUUGGAUUUUAAAAUAGAACGUCAAAGGAAACAAAAAGAUUGAAAUGGAAAAAAAGUGACUUCUUAUGAGUUGGCACAUUAUUAGAUUUUAGGUGUUACAUAUAUAAGUAUUAGGUUGUGCUGCAUAAAAAUGGCUGAGCUCUUUACAUGAGCGGUCCCCUAGGACAGAUCUUAAUAUAUUGGUAACCAAUAGUGAACAGAACUCUUUAUUGCUGACAUUCUGGUCAAAUCUACAGUGAAAGAUCCCACCUAGAUAAAACUAAGCUAUUUAUAAAGAAUUUUGUCCAAAAUGAUAAACUAAAUUUAGCAUUUUAUUAUUUGAAGCACCUUUUACACCCCUUCCCCCUGCUCACCCAAAAACAGGGGCACUGUAAAUUUACCUAGAAGAAACAAACAAGAUAUGAAAGCAUUUACAACCAUGGCCCACUGUAGAGCUACCUUUUCUUGUUUCUUGUUGAAAUUUGAGACUUUUUUCAUCUUAGCCUUGUGUUAAAUGUGUAGAAGUUUUCCUUGAGGAAGAGUCGCACCUUAUCUAUUUUAGCUAAAUCACAAAUCAUGUUUUAUUCAUUCGUAGACAUACUGACAAUUUCCCCCAAUGUUUGUAGCAAAUUGCUAUAUUUUAGGUCCCUUAAUAUUAUACUACGUAUAAGCCUUCAGCCUGUGGCACCGUUCUCAUGUUGACUUUACUAUUUUAUUGUCCAGUAAUUUCACUGAUAAUCAUAGAAAUAAUGGUAAUACUUUAAAUGUCCUUUUCCCUGUAGUAUAUCAUGUUGUUUGUGAUCCAGGUUUCCACUCCAGGUCAGAAUAACAACAGAGAUAUGUUAAGAGUAACAUGAAAGCAGUAUCCGUUAAGGGUUAGCCUGGAGCAUAACAACAGGUUAGUGGCAUCUUGACCAAGACACAGAGAUUACACUUGUCUUUUCAGUGUAAAAUGUUUGAUGAGAUGAGCCACAAAUCCAGCUCUGUGCACAUCAUUUUAAUGGCAGAUGGUGUGUGCAUCUCUGGAUGCGGACUGAUUCACUGGAUCACGCUGUGCACAGGAUCGGACCACACAAUGUUCAGCCAAAGUGUCCACCAUCACGGCUGAUGUACUGAUGCCAGCGUGCAAGUGCCUUAAAAUGCAGUUCCUCUAAUGGCCACUAAAUGGCUUUAAUUGUUUAAAAAAAAGUCCAAUUGUUUUGAAGUAACUAGGAAAAUUCAAAACUUCUCUCUCAAAGUAUAAAGUCAGGAUUUAUUCCCACAAGAAUUUAUGGCCUCAACAUCUGUUUUCACUUUUCCUAAUGUGUGCCUUAGUGGCAGUUUUGAGAGUCGUUAUUUAGUUAAGAUCAGAUUAGAUCAAAUUUAACUCAGCUUUAUUGUAACAACAAAAUACGGUUAAGCAUCUACCGAAAUCAGAACAAAGAGGAUGUUGAGGCUUAAAGCUCUGGUUUGAACCAGAUUUUUUUUUUAAAUUAUAUAUUUUCUCAUCAACCUCUAGUGGUAAUUGCUUGUUUAUUUGCCAGAGGUUGGAGAUCUCCUUCUCUGAGAUUUCUGCUGCCACCCUGAUCCAGUGGAAGUGAAUGGAAUUUCAUCUGUUAAACUCACAGCAUUGGAAAAUUAGAGCAGUUUUCAUUGGAACUGUUUUCAACCAAAUAAAUAGUCCUCAUGAAACUUGUUGAGAACGUGUUCUGCUUUAUUAUAUGGAGGAAAGGGGAGGACUUUAUUUACGGGGAAAAAAGUGCUGCUAGUGUGUGUGUGGUUUUCUUUUUCUUUUUUUCUGUUUUUCUUUUUUUCUUUGAUGAUGUGAGUACCACAAAUGAAAUUCCAUGCUAAAAUGGGUAUGUUUAAAGCUAUGAUUGUCAGGUGUCUUGGCCUUUCACAGUCAGCCCUGGUGAUUACCUCAACUCCAUCCAGGUUCCUCCACAGUGUCCAUAUUUGGAUCUCCAAAUGACUGACAGGCUGGCAUGGAGCAUCCAGGCAAACUCAAAUCCAGGCUUCAAAAUGAAACGUUGGGCUGAUGCCACAGACAGUGGCCGUGUUUUUCAUACAGUCUACAGUCUAUGGUCCAGUUUUGACAUGAUGGGAUACACUGAAAAGACAAGUGUAACUAGGUCAGGGCCAUGAAACCAUUUGUGUCCACAUACAUAGAGUAUAUGUGCCACUGGGUACGUUGAAGAUUGACUUUUCAAAGGUGUCAAAUCCCCCAAACUUAAACCCCUUUAAAUUCUCACCCUGUGUUGACACAAUUGUCAUAGCCUGCAUUUGUGUGCUUCUUUUUAGACAAAGUUGUUGUGUUAUUGUUGAUAUUGACAAAAGGCAGAGAUUGUAUUUGCUGGAAUUUGCUGCUUGAAUGCCCUAAAGCCUUAUAAAGAAGUGAAUAGCAAUUAAGUCAAAUUUAUGUCCAAAAAAAAUUCCAAUAAGACCAAUAAGCAACGUUAAAAACAGUCUGAAAUAAUAUGACUGAUAACUAGAAUUUCUAAUUUGUAGAGGAACACGGUUAAUCUAAUUGUGUUCUUGGUACCAAAAUAUUUACCAAGCCUGCUGUGUUUGCUGCUGUGAUUGUCUUUCCUGAGCAUUGAACCUUUGAUUGAAAUGGGAAACCUGGGUUUGGACCAUAGAAUUUUAGAAUUAGAGUUCUAUUGGUGGAACCCAGGUAAACUACAUGUUUGCAGCCAUGUAUAGAAAACAAAAACUACUCGUUAAGUGUUUGAACUGUGGUGUUUCAGAAAGGAUACUUUAACCCUUUUUUCCUUUAGGUGUUCUUAUUUUUAAAAAAUGAAAAAAAAAUAAAUCUAAAGAUGAUAGAUUACCCUUCGGGGCUUUUUGAGUCCCCAAUCCAACAUUAUUACGCUGUUGUACAAUGUCUGGUUACGAUGAAAAAUAUCUCCUUUUUUGUACUGUGAUGGGAAUGAGCAGAUAGGAAGAGCAGUGUGGUUGUACAAUAUUUAAACACAUGAAGGAAAAUGAUGCCGUUCUCUCAUGAUUAAUGGUCAGGGCUUUUAUUUUGAAGAAGAAAAACAUGGGAAAGUAAGAGACAAGAAAAAAAUGAGUUCCUUUGGGAGCAUUUUCUCAAACUGCUCUGUCUCUUUCUGGG